AUGAUUCCGACUCUUCCGUUUGAUUUCAAACGAUUGCAAUUUCCAACCGACCUGUGCGGUAUCAAAUGGCGCCGUGUGGCCCUGGGCGAGUCGCAUUACGCACCGGAGCCUCUCGAGGACCCGGUGCUGUCCUCGUUCUCGCGCUGCCUCGCCGGGGAUAUUUUGUGCGUAUGGCGUCGCGUUGCAUCGCCAGCACCAGGCGCUCCGCUUUCAGGCAACACGGCAGACCCCAAUUCUUCCGCGAAUGGCGGUGGUUUGUUCGACAUGGUUGGCCCAGGUCUUGGACCAAUCGGUAAUGCACCCGUCACUCACCCGCCGUUGUCGCUCUGCGCUGCUAAGGAGCUUUGGAUCUUCUGGUACGGUGAGGAGCCGAAUCUUAGCGGCAUUCUGGCGCCCGAACUAAUGGCAGCUGAAACUCAAAAUGGUUGCUGGGAGAGCGGGCUGUCCUAUGAAUGUCGAUCAUUGCUUUUCAAGGCGCUCCAUAAUCUAAUUGAACGAUGUCUUCUCUCAAGGGAUUUUGUACGCUUAGGAAAAUGGUUUGUUCAACCUUAUUCAAGUUCCGAACGUCAACUAGGAAAAAGCACGGCACACCUUUCUUUCUCAUUUGCGUUUUUCGUGCAUGGUGAGAGUACUGUCUGCGCCAGCGUGGACGUUCGACAACAUCCACCAGUCAGAUGUCUGAAAAGGCAUCACAUUGUAUCCUCGACACCAGAUCAACCACCCAGACAAGUCAUUCUAGCUCCUUUCGGAAUGGCUGGAACGUUGACUGGACAAAGUGGUAGAGCAAUGGACACUGCCACUUCUAGAUUGCUUGAAGAAUGGCGGCAUUUUUAUCCUAUCACACCUCGUGAAAACAGUGACCCAAGCCUACCACAGGCUGUUGAAGUUUUAGUCGGUGGCGUGAAGAUGAGGUAUCCAUCGUGCUACGUAUUAGUAACAGAUAUGGAUGAAGCAAAAUCUUCCAACAGUGGUAUUACUAAUUUACCCAUCAAUUCUAAAAAUUCUGUUCAGCCAGCAGCAGGUCAGCCAAAUCAGCCUUCCAUAAUGACUCCACCUCCAUCACCUGUUUCGUAUUGCGGGCUAGGUCCGAGUUUGACUCCUCAUGGACCCCCUAGUUUGACCCUACCUCCAACGCCUGCUGUGUUCGUUCCUGAACGUGUUUGGCAAGAUUGUAUUAUGAAUCCAGAAUAUACGUCACAGAACCAAAGUUUGCAAGAUGGAAGUAGUUUUCCAAUGCAAGUGGACCAAUCAAAACAAUCAGAAAAUUCUCAAAAUAAUGGUUCUAGUAAUAAUAUGAACCUCAAUAGUACCAACUCAUCAAACAGUAGUUCUAAUUCCUUCAAUAACACCUCAACGCAGUGGGACUUCACAGACCCUACAAAUAAAGUUAAUUGCUCUUGUUCCAAGUGUAGAAAGUACAUUGGCGGUCGUUUAACUGGUCGGUCUAGCGGCGUCAACAAGACAUCAUCGUCUUCACAGCAAAACAACACGAACAACACAAUUGCAAAUAGCAGGUCCGGAGCAGGAACGGGCCGAGUGCCGUUUCAUAGGCGAUCGCCAUUGCCCAAGACGGAGACGUGGCGGACCUGCAUUAAGACCAAAAGCAACAGCGCGCCGAGACCUUCUGAAGAAUCUAGUCCGUCGCAGACGCCGCCUUCAUAUAGUCGAGUGUCUACGCAGCAACAAAGUAAUGCUAAUACAUCAUCAGAAAAUCUAGGAGUAUUAUCAGUCGGCAGCGCUGGUGCACCAUCUCCAAUGAUGAAUGCAAAUAGCGUACCAGGAAUUGCUAACCCUUCACCUCUCGAUGGAAACGCAGGAGGGUCGACGCCUCGACCGCCUUCCUCCGUUCCUCCCUGCGACGCCUUAAUGCCGGUGUUGUCUCCACAACCGCCGACGUCGGUUUUAGAAAAAUCGAACAAUACUCCGACUGGACAAAGUACUGAUGCAGCAGUGGCGUCUACUCCUGAGACACAUGAACAGAAUGAUACUAAUGGUGCGCUUCUGAACGAGCCGAAUGCGCAACAAAACGCCACAGGGGGACCAAAAAGCGUUUCUAGUAUAGGAGGAAAUUUGCUUUCGUCACCUUAUGUGGCACCUCCUGAAUCUGUAGAGGUUCCCCAAGCUCCUGAUGCUGCUACAACCAAUGGUUUGCCAAACAUGGGUAUUCUAAAAAGGCCUGUUCUCGUUUCGCGGGAAUAUGAAUCUGCACUUCAUGAUAAUGAACAUACUCUUGAUAUGCUGUACGAUUACAGUACGAUGGAUGCUUGGUUAAAUCAUCCCGUAAAACGAUUUAAACCUAGUGAAGUGAAGAAAGAAACGAAAUUGGGUCGAGGAAUACACUUAUAUGCCGGUCAUACACCGGUUAGUUCGGCUCCGGAUCCACCAGUAGCUAUGAAUAUUUUGGUCAAACAAGAAAUUAAACAAGAAAAUAUUGAAAAGGAUUGUAAUAAAAUAAAUGCAAGAAAUUUGUAUACCAAUGAAGGACUUCAAGUGUCUUCAAAUGAUCUUGAUGAACUGUUUGAUAAUUCGGAUGAUGCUUCAGGAGAUGAAGUGCUGCAAGUUCACACGCCACCUGGUUCUAAUAAAUCAUCUGGUUGUAUUGACGAUCAGAAACGUUGUUCCUCAGGAAAUAAUAUGAAUACAGGAAUCGUGAGGGCCGAAGAAUUAUCGAAAAUGUUUCCCACGCCGCCGUCGCUAGAGCACAAUUUAGUUGCCAGUCCUUGCGGCGGAGCACUUACUGAUUUUAUGACUGAUUUAGAUAUGCCGAAGUAUAAACAAGAGAUUUAUCCCAAUAUGGGUAGCCCUCAGCAAGAGAAUAUAGAGGACUGGUCAUAUGUAUUUAAACCUCCAACUAUUUGUAAAUAUGUGGGGUCUUCUAAGUAUGCACCUCUAAAUAGCUUACCUAGCCAAUUACUUCCUGUAGUAACACUUCCACCAAAUUGUGUUUAUAAACCAAAGCCAACGUGGCAGCAAAGUAAUAGUAAUAACAUAUCUUCUUCAGAUAAAUCUGUUACUCCUAUAAGUGCAGCAUGUCAUACUAUGAUUCCUCCUGGCCCAUCAUCCGCACCAAGGUCAAGUUCAGUUUCUAGUGUAAAUAUGGGACCAGGAAUGUCACACAGGCCUGGUUUAUCACCUAUUUCUCCAGUUAAUCAUUUUCCACCUAGUCCCAUGCACAAUAAUUUAAAUAUGCAUAUGAAUCCAUUUAGACCAGGUGGUCCAUCUGUACGAACGCCCAUUCCUCCACCCCCCCCUUACGAAAUGCCUUCACCUGCUUCAACAGCGUCAUCAUAUUUAAAUAAAAAUUUCCCUUCCGUGGAAGCAACUACACCUUGCACUUUAAGUAGGCCACCAGAAGCUAAUUCACUGAUGGUGAAUAUUCUACUUGGAGACACGGCAUUGAAUCUUUUUCGAGAUCAUAACUUUGAUAGUUGUACAUUAUGUGUUUGUAAUGCUGGACCAAAGAUGGUUGGAAACAUACGAGGAGCGGAUGCUGGAAUUUAUUUAGCUCCCCCUUGUAGUAAUAAGACAACAUUAGCACCAUUACCUUCUGUUAGUCCUUUUACGAAUAAUGGGACUUGUGGACCACCUCCUUAUGGAAUGCUUGCUUCACCAGCCACUCCUCAUCACACUUCUGCUGCUGCUGUUAAUGGGUAUGUGGAUGAUGAUCCCAUUCGAUGUAGUUGCGGUUUCAGUGCUGUUGUCAACCGGAGACUGGCUCAUCAAGCUGGUUUGUUCUAUGAGGAUGAAAUGGAGAUCACUGGCUUAGCUGAUGACCCCAGUGAGAACAAAAGGUUUCUCUUCUUUCAAAGUUCUAGUAGAUCAUUACAUAGGGCCGCCUGUCGGUAUCAAAGAGCAAAUACUACGUCUAUCAGUAAUAUGUUAAAUGCUUUAGAAUUUAUGGAUGGUAAUGACUUGACUAGUUUAGCUCUGGAUCAAGGGCGGCAAGCCACUUUAGAUAAUACAAAUAUAUGCAAAUUAGAAGAUAGGACUCCAAGAAUAAAUAAUACUGCAAGUGUGCAUAGGUGGCCGUUCAUACGUGCUGCAGGUCCUGAUUGCAAUCAGGAUAUUAUAAGAGUCAUGAACUCUUUAAGGCCUUUAUUACAAGAAGCUAUACAGAAAAAAUGUCCUACAAGGUUGUGGGAGGCCCCUUACACAAUAUCAGGUCCCUUGACAUGGCGGCAGUUCCAUAGACUUGCUGGACGGGGUACUGAUGAUAUGUGCGAACCGCAACCGAUUCCGUCAUUAGUUGUGGGGCACGAAAAAGACUGGUUGUCAUUAUCACCUUAUGCAAUUCAAUACUGGGAUAAAUUAUUACUCGAGCCUUAUUCUUAUACACGUGAUGUUUCUUAUAUUGUGAUGGCACCGGAUAAUGAUGCAGUGGUUUCAAAAGUGCGGACGUUCUUUAAAGAAUUAAGCACCACUUAUGAAAUGUGUAAAUUAGGUAGACAUGUGCCGUUGAACAAAGUGUUGAAGGAUGGGAUUUUAAGAGUGUGCAACAAUUCAAAAUUACUUUCAGGGGAGCCAAUUGAUGAUUGGUUCACAGUUUUGGGAGAUUCUAAAGUAGCUGACAUGCUCAAGUCCUAUGCCAAGGUCUGUAAACAAAAUUUGAUGCCUUUGCUCAAUGAUAAAACUUUAUUGGAACCUGAAUCAAAUUGCACGAUAAAAGACCGGCCAAUGCCAAGUCCUAUGCCACCACCAAGUACACCGGACCCUUCACAAGGAAUUGAGAAAGCACCAUCCACUCCUAAACAUGACCAAGUUGAGCCUUUUACAACGGGCUCAGAUAAUCCAGAUCUUGAAAGGCUUGCAUGUUUAGCUUUGUUGAGAUGUUUUUGUGCUGUUUUAGCUGGCAUCCCAGAAAGUGUUCGAAAUAACAUAUCUGUACAGAUUAUUUCACAAGAUAGUAUUAUGGAAUUGGGAAGAUGUAGAGAUUCCAUUAAAAUGUCUGAUCAUAUGAGGUCACUUGCGCUCAGUGUAUUUAUGCAAUGUAGGAGGCAUUUAAUACAUACGAAUAAUAUUAAGUCUCUAACUGGCUUUGGAACUGCUGCAAACGCGGAACUUUUUCUCAAAUCUAAGGAUGAAAAGAAUCGUGCCCCUUACAAACUAUACACACCGCCAAUAUAUUAG